AUCAAGUGUCAUUUCCUUGAUCACGGAGACACUGACCUUCUGAUCCCAGAUCAACUGCGACUCCUGGACACCAAACUCAACAAAUCAUUACCCUACCAGGCUAUUGAAGUUUCCCUUUACGGACUAGAAGAGGUGGCAGAGAACAUCACAGUUUUGGAAGCGCUGUUUGACUUUGCUCUUGGCAAAACUUGUGUGGCAGAGGUCGUCAGUAGGGAAGAGUGCCUGUCUGUGAUACUGUUUGACACCUUUGGUAAGGAAGAUGUUAACAUUAAUGAGAAGAUCGCAAAGACUUACCAAGAAGCAUCAGAAACCUCGCUGCUUACUAGUCACUCCUCGCCGAUCGGCAGCGUGGCGAAUCUACUUGAUCGACCCUCGGACACAGCCGACCGGCCACUUGAUUCCUCGCUGUCUAACAAGUCCAUAGACACCCAGAGCAGCAGUGUUUCUUCCCUCUCUGACACCUCUGACUGUGCGAUGUCCCCUAAUAAACAAGAUACACCAGAGUCUGUCACCCUUUCACCCCAGUCUAGUUAUAUAGCAACCCUUAACUCAAAACUCGAGACUGGAAAAAAUACUGGCAGUGAGGGACCAAAGCUCACUCCUGCCCGACAGUUCUCUUCUACAAAUGUGCAAUCAGAAACCCCAGUAGUUGUCAAGGACCAGCUUCUUGUGAGGCAGAAAUCCUCCGACUCCUGGGAGACGGAGGAGAGUGAGGAAGAAAUUGGAGAUGAAUGCGGUGUAGAAGACUCAGAAGCUAUACAAAAUAAUUCUGAGGAAAUUUCUAAUCCAACAAGUGUUUCUGUGACUAAGCAAUCAGCUGAGAACCAGUCUGUGAUAAUUUGUGACAACAGUUCAGGGGGCGAGGAUGUGAUAGCUGAGGCGUCCCAGCCCAGUAGUCUGUACACGUGGGGGACAGGAAAGCCCGCGGCCGUGGUUUUAGACGAGGACCUCUGGGACAAGGAAGCAUACCACCGGCGAGUAGUCCCACCCCAUCAUACACUUCCUCCAAACGGCCAGUUCUGUGAUAUCCACAUCGGAUUUGUUUUUGAUCCAGCAAAUUUUGUUGUGGUGUUUGCUUACCAACCUCCCCUGUCAGACUCGUGUAUAACACCUUUUGAAAGCAUGUCAGAUAUGCAGCGACUACAUCAAGAGUUAAAUGACUAUAUGUCAGAAGCAAAAACAGAAAAGAGUCUGGCUGAAGAAGACGUGAAGCUAGGACACCUAUACGCUGGCCAGCAGGACGACUGUUGGUACCGUACAAUGAUACGCCAAGCUGUGGGGCCAGAACUGUUUUCUGUGUACUACCCUGACCUGGGAGAGUUUAACGUCGUCGACACCAGUGAACUUCAGCCCCUCCCAAUUCAGUUCUGGGCACUUCCCUUCCAGGCGUUUAAAGCUAAACUUGAUGCAAUACGUCAAGCUAAACGGACUGGGUUUUGGAGCGAAGGAGCUAUCUUCAAGAUGAAAGAGCUGACUGAGGGCAAGAACCUGGUUGGACUGGUGAGAGGAGUGGAUGAACAUAAAGUUGUCUCCCUUUCACUGGUGGACACCUCGGAUGAGAACAUAGACGUUUGUGUAGGGGAUGUGCUGGUCGAGUUAGGAUUCGCUGAACCUUCCUGACUCCAAGUAUACCUGUAUACAGUGUAACACAAGAUGGAGGACAUCAGUAUCCUGGGAGAAUUGAAAGCAAUGUCACAAGAUAUGAAUUAGAAGUACAUAUGAAUUUCAGUGCAUUUUCUUACCGGUGACUCAAAUUUUCACCUACAAAUUAAUAUCUCUUUGUGAUGCUAUUUGCAAGUAAUCCUAACCCCUUGUGCAGAUGUUGCCUGCACCCAUUAUCCCGUUGCUUUUGGUCCCGAAGAAUCCCGACUUUCUACCAUGUUUUACCAGUGUAACUGGAUACCUUACUGACAGCUCGACUGCUACCUUUAUAAUCCUGAUUUUAACGAUGAUUAGUAUGUAAUGUAUAUAUUGGGACGCUGUAUCAAAUGCUCUUCAGGAAUACGAUAUACAUUCUGUUAUUAUGCAAAAGUAUGUAAACCAACAUUAAGUUUGCCUGCUACAUGAUUUGUAUGUUAUCAUUAAAAAUGAUUGCGUAAAACCUGGACACUUGUUUACUUGUUUG